AUGGCAGAUCUUAACUUUGAUGUUUUAAAAGCUCAGGCUGAGGAACUAGGCCUUAAAGGAAAUGAUAUUGCUCAGUAUGUCAUCAGUCAACAGACACUUGCACGGGAGGAGAGAGCAAAAGAAAGAGAAUUUCAGAAAGAGCAAUUAGAGGCAGAGAAAGAGAGAGUUAAACUGGAACAUGAGCUUCAGAUGGCUCGGUUAAACAAUUCUGAUAGUUCAUUAAAUCCUGUACUUUUUGAUGGCGCUUCACGCCCUAGUUUACCAGUUUUUAAAGAUGGAGAAGACAUCACUUCAUACUUAAUUAGAUUUGAGCGCAUUGCUAACUUGUUAAAUUUUAAAGAAGAAACUUAUGCUAUCAGAUUGGGAAGUUUGUUAACAGGAAAGGCUGUUGAUAUAUACACCUCACUGCCUCCAGAAACAACAGCCGAUUACCAGUUAUUAAAGAAAGCUCUCUUAAGGGGUUAUAGUAAAACUCCCGCCAGUUACAGGAAUGAUUUUAGGACUGCUAAAAUAAAAAGUGGUGAAACAUAUGAACAGUUUGCUAUCAGGCUUGGACGAUUGUUUGAUUAUUGGGUCGAUUCGCAUAAUAUCACCAAAGAUUAUGCAUCUCUUCGUGAUUUUAUGUUGUUAGAUCAACUAAUGUCUUCUAUCUCCCCAGAUCUGCGUGUUUUUGUAAAGGAGCAUAACGUCUCCUCCUUAGCUGAUGCGGUAAGCCUGUCAGAUAAUUGGUCAUCUGCUCAUAGUGCUUACCCCAGGUCAUAUCAAUCAUCUGAACAAGCGUACAAGCAAUAUCACCCAAUUCCAACUCACAAAGUCGGAUUUUGUCUAAGUGACAGGGAAAAUUCAAAGUUCAUGACAGCUGGUACAGUGAAUGGGGCUUGGGUAUCCACAGUUCUCAGAGAUACGGGGUGCACAUGUGUUAUUGUAUCUCACAAGGUGUUACCAGAUGUUGAUCUCUCUAGGGCUGAUCUGGUGGGGAUCGAAGAUUAUUUAGGCCGGGUGGAUUACUUCCCCAAAACUAAAUGCUACCUGAAUUGUCCCUAUUUUAAAGGUUGGAUUGAUGUGGUGCGAGCACCAAUUAAAUUCUGUAGCGUCCUGAUUGGAAAUGUACCAGGGGUAUAUAGUCCCAAAUUAUCUCCAGAUUCUGAGGUAACUGAACGUUCAAAUGUCCCUCUUGAUUAUUCCUGUGCCAUUCAGACUAGAUCCUCCAAAGUAAAAAGGGUUCACCCUUUAGUGUUGCCGGAGAUCGAGCCUCUUAAAGUAACUCCUGAAGACUUUGCAAAAUUGCAGGCAGAAUGUCAUUCUCUCACUAAAUUUUGGGAAAAAGUAAAGUCUGAAGAACAUGAUAAGAUGCGUGAUGGUACGGUGUUUAAGUUUGAGCAAAUAAAUGGUUUGCUGUACCGUACAUGUGUUGCUUCAAAGCACUGUGAAAGAGUUGGUAAAUCUUCUCUGGUAGUACCCAGUAAAUGUAGAGCCAUCAUUCUCGCAGUAGGUCAUGAGAGCCCCUUAGCCGGUCAUUUCUCCCAUCGGAAAUCAGAAAUGCGUAUUAGGGACCAUUUCUAUUGGCCAAACAUGGGAGCUGAAAUCCGAGACUUUUGUAAGUCUUGCGACAAGUGUCAAAGGAUGUCAAGUAGAGAAGCAUUGCCUCUCAAAGAGAUAGAUUCAAUAUCUGUAGCUGAAGCCCUUAUGGUGAUCUUUUCAAGGUGGAAUGGAAGGGUGGAAAGGUUUCAUGCAACACUAAAAGCCUCCUUAAGGAAAUUGUGUAGUGACAAACCACGAGAAUGGCACCGUUAUCUUGUCCCCACAUUAUUCGCUAUGCGAGAGAUUCCUAGCGAUCGAACUGGGUUUUCUGCUUUUGAGCUACUUUAUGGACGGACAGUCCGGGGACCUCUUUCAGUCUUAAGGGACUUGUGGGAAGACACAACCAUGAGAGAUGAUGUUAGAUCUUCCUUUCAAUAUGUGAUUGAAUUGAAAGACAAGCUGGAGGAGUGUGCUAAAAUUGCAGCUCAAAAUGCUGAGAUUAGUUCCUCUAAAUUCAAAUCUUAUUUUGACUUGAAAUCUCAGGAUAGGAAGUUUAGUCCAGGUGAGGAAGUUCUUGUUCUCCUCCCUGAUAACCAAAACAAGUUGCUCAUGUCUUGGAGUGGCCCUUAUACUGUUCUGGAAUGUCGAAAUAAGGUGAAUUAUCUUAUCGAUGAAGGUGGAAAACAGAAGUUGCUUCAUGCUAACCUUCUUAAGAAGUAUCAUAGGAGAGCAACAAGUUCCCAACCUAAUGUUAUGGACGAGGAAAGUAAGAUAGAUGCUGAAAUGAACCCACAAAUAGUCCAGAAUUGUAUUCUUGAAGAUACUGAAUUGAGCGAUAGUAAUUUUCCUCUAACUUCUGAUGGAGAAGAGCCCAUCUUGCCUGAGAGUGAUCAACCUGAGAUUUGUUCUGACCUUUCAGCAGAACAGAAAUCUGAUAUUGAUUCAGUAAUUGCAGAGUUUGUAGAUGUAUUUUCAUUAACUCCAGGUUGCACAAACACCCUUGAACAUGAUAUUGAAGUUAACACCACAGAGCGUAUAAAGUCUAAGGUUUAUCCCAUUCCUAUACAUCUAAAGCCUCACUUCGAAGAUGAAGUUGACCAAUUGCUUGAACAAGGGAUUAUACAGCUAUCAUCAUCUCCCCAUUCAUCUCCUGUAGUCAUGGUAAAAAAGUCUGAUGGUAGCUAUCGUAUGGCCAUAGAUUAUCGAGCUGUUAACUCCGUAACUAAUUUUCAUGCUGAACCAGCUUGCACUAUGGAGGAAGACUUGUACAAGUUUUCAGGAUGUAAUUACUUCUCUGAAUUAGAUCUCACGAAGGCCUACUAUCAAGUUAAACUUUCUGAGAAGGCCAGACCUUUAACAGCAUUUCCUUCACAUAGGGGUCUUAUGGAGUUUUGUCGUAUGCCUUUCGGAUUGGUAAAUGCUUGUGCCACUUAUAUCCGCCUUAUGCGCAUUGUUUUGGCUGGUUUAAAGAAUGUUUCCUUCUAUUUUGACAAUAUUUUCAUCCAUACUAAAACAUGGGAUGAACAUAAAGAUGCAAUUGUUUCAGUGUUAAAGAGAUUACGUGAACAUAACCUCACUGCAAAGCCAUCAAAAUGCAGAUUUGGCUUUAAGUCUAUUGAGUACUUGGGUUUUAUUCUUGAUGGAAACUACUUGCAUCCUAAACUCGAUAAAAUAGAAGCUAUACUUAAUCUACCUCCUCCUUGCACAAAGAAGACCUUAAGAUCUUUCCUUGGUUUGAUUUCAUUCUAUAGAAUGUUUAUUCCACAAGCAGCUUCACUGACAAGCUCUUUAUCUGAUUUGUUGCGUAAAAAUGUCAGGGAACCACUGAAAUGGACGGACGAAUUGACUAAAGUAUUUGAACAGUUAAAAGCUGCAUUAGCUUCCAAACCCGUAUUAAAGUUACCUGAUUCUUCCCAUCCUUUUGUCUUACGAACAGAUUCAUCAGAUGUUGGGCUUGGAGCUGUUCUUCUACAGUACGUCGAUGGUCAUCCAUUUCCUGUGGCGUACGCUAGUCGGAAACUAUUAGAUAGAGAGAAGAGGUACUCAACUAUUGAGAAAGAAGGCUUGGCUAUAAUGUUCGUAUCAGCAGUUUUGAAGUUAUUUCACUUUGAUGUGUACACCACGUACUUUUGA